AUUUCAUUCCGUGAUUUCAAUGAGUUCAGUUUUAUCCUAGACAUUCUAAGAAAUAAAUACAUAAAUGAAUUUCAGUUCUAAUGAAAAGUGUAUGGAAAAAAAUUAAAAUCUUUUUAUUACCAUAUUGAUAUAAAAAUAUUAUAAUGUCAUUAAGUUUUGAUAAUAUGACAUUAGAUUGAAGUGAAAAAAUAUGUAAAAAAAGUGAUAUAAAAGAAAGUAAGUCAAAAAAAUAAAAUAUGGCGAAUACUGAAUAAAACUUAUCAAGAAAAUGAAAUUCAGUUAAAUCAUGUAAAACUGCAAUACAGAACAGAAAGAAAUGAAAGAAUUUAUAAAUUUAUGUUGUGAAUAAAAUAAAGUUUAAAAACUGUUCAUAUAACUGAAGCAGUGAAUUGUUUUUAUGAAAAAGAAUUUUAAAAACUCAGAUUGAGUCAGAAUGUCUGGAAUAUUUGGAAGAUUCGGAGAUAAAAUAUCAACGAGAGCUUCUCACUCAGGCCCACCAUCUCUAUCAACACCAUCAAGGCGAAGUCUCGGACUGUUAUCUGGUCAACAACACGAUGGAGACAAUUCACUUAACGGAAACUCAACACCAAAUCGAUCAUUCACUAGUUAUCCAUCAUCGCCCGGACAAGGAAGAUCUUUGCGUGAAUUUGAAGAACAAAUGACGGCGUUGCGUAAGGAAAAUUUCAAUUUGAAAUUGAGAAUUUAUUUUCUUGAAGAGAAGACUGCAUCAGAUUGUAAUGAUGCGUUCCAUCGACAGAACAUUGAUUUGAAGGUGGAGAAUGAAACGCUGCGUAAAGAACUUCUGGAAAAGCAAGACCUUCUUUGUCAAGCAUCAAAAGCGAUGGAAUUAAUAGAAAACCAGAGCAAAAAACAAAGCAGUGAAUCUCAAAUGGUGAUUGAUGAUUUGAAUCAUAGGAUUGAAGCGAUGACGCAUGAAAUGAAAAGCUUAGAAAAAGCUUUGAUUGAAGGUAGUGGGAAUGACGACAACGGUUACUCAAAUUUUCUUGGUGCCAUCAGUUUAAAAGAUGUUGAAACACAACAAAAGAUUGCUGACCUUGAACUUUUAAUCAAAAACUUCAGCGAUCAAAAUGAGCAGUUGUGUCAAAAAAUUGAAUCAAUGGAAUCUGAUCGUGUUGAAAUGACGAGAAAAAAUAACUCGCUUUGUUAUGAAAAUGCAGAAUUACAAGAAAAACUUGAAGAGAAUGCAAAAUAUAUUGACAACAAUACAUUAAAGAAAGUAGAAGAUGAAAAUUACGAUAUCAAACGAAAGCUCGCUGAUUUAUAUGCACAACUUGAAAAUGUUGAACAAAAGCUUCAGGAAAAAACAGAUGCACAUGAGAAGUCAUUACAAGUUAUUAAAAAAGCUUGUGAACAUAUUGAAGACUUAGAAUUUCAUGUUGAACAAUUAAAGUCAAGUCAACCAAACUCAUUGUCAUCAACAGAAAGUGCUAAAAAUGAUGAUACAUUCGCUCACACCAACAAUGUCAUUGUUAAACUUCGUGAAGAAAUCGAACAAAUCACAAAUGAUAAGAACGAAGAAAUUCGACGAAUCAAGGAAGAACUUCAUAGGAAAUCAUUACCGAUGUUAACUAACAAUUCCAUCAUGAAUCAAUCACUUUUCUUUUCACAGAAAGUUACUUUGCCUAUUAAUGAAUCAUCUUUCGAAAAAGAGAAAGAAAAAAUGAAAAACGCAAUCAAAAAAAUUUGUUUGCUUAAACAAAAGUUGAGUUCAAGUACUGAUCACAACAACAUAGAAAAAGAAUUCCUUCAACUUCAACUAAAUCAAGAACAAAAUGAUCUCGAAGAAAGUGAAGCGACUUUACGUCAAUCAUCAGUUUUCUGUGGAGUUUUGAUUGAUCGUUUGGAAGAACUUGCAAGCUUUUUAAAUUCUUUGUUAGAAAAGAAACAAGUUGUAGGCCAAUUAGGAUAUGAGCUUCGUCGUGCGAUAACCAAAGCUAUCGAUAGAAGUUUGAAUCUGUCAAGAAAUAGUACUGUGCAUCAAAAGCCAAUUGAUCAGAGUGCACAUUUAAGCGACUGUUCGAUGAUUGAUCUUGUCGAUAGUCUGCAAUCAUCAACAGUGACUGAUGAUGCAUCUUUGUUAAUCGACAGUCUUCGAUCAGAGAAUGUCAAACUCAAAAAUGAACUUGACACGUUUAAGAUGUUCAAAUCAGGAAAUGCAACCACUAAUCUCAAUUCAAGUCGAACUUCUCACAAAUCUCAAAAGAGUUCCAGAAAAUCAAAUACGCCGUUACUUUUUAUGCAUCAAUCUGAGUCUGAAGAAUGGUCCGAACCUGAUCGUGAUGUUUCACAAAAACGUAUUGGAUUAAAAACUGAUGAUGUAAGUGGAGUAGCUAAAACUGCAACAACUUCAGACGAAAACGACAAUGAUGAUGACAAUUAUUUCGGAAAUGAAUACAAAUUGGUGAAGAAAUCAGAUUGGAAACUGAUUCAAAGCAAAAUAAAGAGUCUCGAGACAUUAUUACAAGAAAAGAAUAAUAAAAUUCUUGAGGUGUCGAGUAUGCUGUUAGAAUCUGAAAACGAGACGAAAGAUAAAAUUCUUCAAUUUAGAAAGAAACUCGAAGAGAGCGAAAAUGAUUUACAAAAAUCUGAAAAACUUUAUAAUCAAAAAAUAGCAGACAUGACUGAAAUGAAAAAGAAAUUCGAGGACACUGUCGAUCAUCUUAAACGAGAGAAAGAUGAGAUGAAUGUAGAGUUGCGUGUGCUUGGAUCAAAGCAUGAGUCGCAAUUAGAGAAUAACCGUGACCUGAAGAUGAAACUUCAGAGUGAAGAAGAAAAAGUUCACAAAUUACAAAUUGAAUAUGAAUCAAAAUGCCAGAUGUUUGAUGAACUUUUAAAUACAUCUGAGAAAAGAGAACAAGAAAUAAAAGACGAAGUGCAAAUAAAUUGGAUUCGAAAAAUCGAUUAUAAUCAAUUGCUUCUUGAACUCGAAAAGAAACAAGAAAGACUUGAUACUUACAAACAAAAGUUUGCAUCAAUGGAAGAAGAUAUGAAUUUAAUGAAAAAUCAUAUGAUGGAAAGUGAAAAUCGAUUAGAACAAAUCAAUCGGAAUCUUGACAAUGCAACACUUAAUUUGUCAUCUGCUUCAGUUGAACGUUCAAAAGCUUUAAAUGAAAAGCGACUAAUGGAAUCGAAAUUUAAGAAAUUAAGUGAAGAACAUCAAACACUUAGCGUUGAGAAACAAGAAUUGAAUUUAAAAAUCGCUGAUCUCGAAGUAUUUAAUGCGAAGUUACAAAACAUGCUUCUGACGGGUGACAAAGUGAAUGUGCCGCUAACUCAUCCAAGUUCAGAUGCCAGCGGAUAUGCAAGCGAAGAAGCAAAUCAUGCAAACAUUCAUUCACCUCCUUUCAACUCCAAUAAACCAUCAGAACAUCAACAAGCUUCAUCGUCAUCAUCUACUUGUGAAUCAUGCAAAAAUCUUGAAAGUGAAAUCAUCGAGAUUAAAAAGAAAAUGUCACAUUCUAAAAAGUCUUUAGAACAAGCAUACGCCAGACUAAGAAAUCAAAACCUCCGAAAAGCACAAAUCGAAAUGGACAUCAAACAACAAAUCGUGAAAACCCAAAACGUCCUUCAAAAUGUUCGAGCAAAUAUGGAAAGUGAGCUGAAUCGAUCAGUUUCUAAAUAAGGAGAUUAAUUAAGAUAGCACAAUGAACAUAAGUUCAAAUAACUUAAGUCGAUUGCAGUUGUUGAGAUUAGUAUUUUAGUGUUUUUUUUUGUUUUCAUUCGAAAGUGAUAUUCUAGUUUAGAGCUUUUAAUUGACGACAUUAAAUGGCACAUAACGAUACAGUCGUACAAUUAAGUAAACUAGGAAAUGACGAAAUGAUAAUAAACGAAAUAUGUUUUGUUAACUUCUACUUUACUAAGUACAAACUAACCAGCCACACACUUCACCCAUCCUAUCAAACAGAAAAGAGAAACUUGAUGAGUUUCUCUCGAUAUUCUAGUAACUCAACUUCCAAAGAAUACGCCAUUACUUUUUUAGAAAGUAAGAAAUCGAAUGCCAAAUAAUAACCGAAAACUGACUGAAAUAUUUUCUCUUCUUAGAUUUGUAAGUUUAAUUAAUCAAUCAACCGGAUUGAUUUUAUGUUUACUUUUUUUUUGCUGUUGUGAGUUUUAACUUAUAAAAUUUUAAGUGUAACAGUUUCGAAAAGAAAACGACGAUAAUUAUAUUUAGAUAAUAAAACAAAUUUUUAAAGUAAAC